AUGCACACAUGGAUGGCAACAGUAGGCACAGCACACGGCAUGCGUUUGGACGCCAUUCCCGAACAAUUAUUACAAGACUUUUCCCAUCUCUGGUCCGACGACUGUACCGUACAAUUCGUCGACGAGUGUCUGCCCUUAUUGUUCACAAUCUUCAGACACCAUAUUCUGUGCACAAUAAAAGUAAUGCAAUUCCUAUACAACGGAGGGUUUGAAACGGACACAGAUGUGGACCAAAACAAUAUAUUGGAGUUAAUGUCAAUCGCCUCGUACUUCCAAUUGGACGGUCUGUUGCGGUACUGUAGCCGCCGGUGCUGUGACUGCGUGGACACGGACUCAGUGGUCGAGCUAUACAUGAAUGCCAUUCAGUAUAACGCACUCGAAUUGAUGCAAUUCUGUCAGCAAUAUAUGUUGGAGAACUUGGUUGCCCUACUUGAACAUGAUCCACAAUUGAGCCAGCUACUAUUCGCCCGGCAACCGAGUAGUAAUAGUAAGCUGCUGUUCAAUAAUAAGCCGGAUCAUUUGUCGGCCCUGUUGUUUACAUUGCAACAACGGUGUAGGGAUAGGCAGCAGUUGGCGCUGCAAAAGCAACAGGCUCAAAUGGGUGCCAAAAAUCAGUUUUUGAGAUAG